GUACUCCUCCUGGAGCAAGGUCCCACUGGCAAAGACGGUUGGAUUAAACGCCUGAAUCUGGAUGGGUUUCAAGCAGAGGUGGAGAGGAGCAGAUCAAAAGCCACUUUCUGCACGUAUGCACAGUGAAGUCCAGAUUCAGAGGUAAAAUCCACCCCUCCCUGCUAGUGAGACCUCGCCACUGGAUUAUCCAGCGUCGACAAGCGGAGUGGCGAGCGGGAUGAUGAUGACUACCCCGGACAUUGACGGAUAGCAAGAUAGUAACAGAGAGCGAGACCAAAAUCAAGAGCGAACGAGAGAAAUAUCUCCGGAAACAUACCGUGGUUCACUUGAGACAUUUUUUGGAGAAGGGGAGGGGAAUGGCCACAUCAACAGUGCCUGGUGAAGCAGCUCUCAACCCAGAAGGGCAUAGCCUUCCUGUCAGGAGCACAACUGCCGAGGAUGUUUCUGUAAGUGGGGAGUUAUGUGACAUCCUUCAGCAAUCGAGGUCGUUCUGUCUUCGCGCAAAAGCUUUCUUUGUUGCAUGGCAAGGUGUCUUGACGAUUGCCUAUAGUGGGAUGCCUCCUGCCAUGCUGGAGCUGAGAGAGGCAUUUGAGCAAAGAUUCCCAUACUUGAAGGAAAACCCGGGUUCCAGAUGGCCUAAGACAACUCUGGGUGCUGUUCAGGACAACAAACGCAUCACCCCUGAGCAGUUGAGGACACUGCACCGAAUUUGCGCUGAAGAAAGCCAAAACCUGGCUGCCAUUGCAGACAACAGUAGAGAUGGCACUUUUUGCAUAGAUAACAUCUCGAUUGUGAUAUACGAGAACAUGUCACUGGAGAAAACAAUCUCUGUCACCACCGUACCGCUCCAGCGCCCAGCUGAUCUCUCGCUCCCCAGUGAUGAAGAAUGUCAAAAGGUGGAUGCAGUUCUUGCUCCGUUCUCCGAGCACUGUUUGGACGACUACUGGUUUCAGGCGUCGAAAGACGGAAAUCGUAUUUCACACUACAAGCGCAUCCAACCGGGGGCAACUGUUGUUCAUUAUCUGAGCAAGGUGCCGUCGUUCGUGGGGCGCUUCAAGGAUAGAGUAGAUGAGGAGUUACCAGCCCUCUACAGUUGGCUCUCGGAGGACCAUCUGCAUGUAACUAUGCGUGCAAUUCUGUGAAACACAGCCACAGCUUGUAAACCGUAGGAGGGACGGAGACCGUGCCUGUUGUAGAGUUGGAUAGGUAAAUCACUGAACUGAAAUCUGGGGAAAACAUGAAAAGUUUUCCUCAGAGUUCGGCAUUGGGCGGGGACGGGUGGAUCCGCCUGUACAAUAAAAUUGAAUCUGUCUGCCCCUUGUUAGGUAUUAGUUCACAUGGACCUAUCCUUUUUGUUCUCAGAGAAAGUUGGCCAUCAGCAUAACUGUAUCGAACUGGUUUCCAGCAGAGUUCUUCCCAGUGCUGAGGCAGUGUGAGCUUCUGGAAAUUCAUUUUGUGGGAUGGAUACCAAGUUCCCUUCUGUUGCCUUCCACGAUUCAGACCCCAAAAUCGGAUCUCAGGGUCAAAGGCCCUGGUCAAGAGAAACCGAGUUCGUCAAAUUCAGGAAAGUCACAGUCGGGUACCUUAGCAGUCUAGUCCAACAGGCACCCAGCAAACAGUCACAUCUCAGGGACAAAAGUCACGUUCAUAAUGAAAAGUCAUAUUGAAG